CAGUGGCAGUGAAACUGAAACGAAACGAAACAACGGACUACGUCGAGAAGGGAGAAGAAGACUGAACUGAACUAGAAGUAUCUAAAGUGUCAAAUCAAGUGCUUUGUCACACAGUAGUCCUGCGCAUUUUGUGUUAUUUGAGUUAUCUCACUUUUUCAUUAAGUGAUUUGGCAAUCUAAUUAGUUUCAUUAUCUUCGUUGUGGUGACAUCACAUCUCACAACAUAUUUCAUAGUUGUCUAGAUUAUGGCUAGUAACAACAUGGAGAACCCCCCACCCUACAGUGAGGCUAUCAAACAGCCUCCGUACAACCCGACAAACCAAGGGCCUGCGCCCAAGUAUGACGCUCACCAACAGUCUGCCGGGCCUCAGUAUCCUCCUGCUGGUCCCAGCAUUAAUGUGACCCGAACAGUGAUCGUGAUGCCCUCCUAUGGCCCGUUCCCUGCUAGGACAAUCUGCACCUCAUGUCACGCAGACAUUACAACUCGGGUGGAACACAAACCGAACACCCACACUCAUCUGAUGGCCUUGCUACUUCUGUUCCUGUUCUGGCCGUGUGCGCUGUGUCCUUACUGCACGGAUGCCUGUCAAGACACCAACCACUAUUGCCCUAACUGUGGUGCCUUCUUGGGAACCCACCGGGAGACUUAGGCCAUCCACAUCACUUCUACCCAUAUUUCUAAAGAGUGUUUUAUACAGCAAACUCGUUUGGUAAAUAUACGAAGCGUAAUUCCACCAUUAAAUCGUCAAGAUUAAUUCAGGUGCAAUCGUUAAUCACUUUGCAUCGAGUUUGUUAAUAUUCCUUAUUAUGCAUUCCUAAGCGUCCUACACUCGUAUAAAGCCUCGGAUUAUUUCUAUUGUUUAUAUUUAUAUUCUAUAUUUUACUGAAGUUUUAUUGGUCGCAUGACAAUGUUAUCGUCCUUUUGGAUUCGAUUUUAAUCCAGCAAAGAAUAUUUUGUUACUAAACUUAGUUUGUACGAAAUAUUUGUGAAUGCCAAAAUAAUCUUAUUCUGUAAAUAAAAGUAUAAAAUACA